GGAAUGCGUAGCACGACUAUUUGAAACACUGUUAAAGAGAAGCUGUUGAAACAGAUGUACAUUAUCUUUGAUUACUGCUGCUUACUGCUUUUUCUGGCGAUGAGCAUGAACACUGAGCAGCAAGCCUGUGUUAUUUGUAAAGUAAAAGAUGAAGGUCCUACUGCCAAGCUUGGUACAAAGGGGUGCAUGAGUUUAGUGACAGUUAGCAAGAAGAAAGGUGAUCUGCUAUGUGUUUCUCCGGGCCAGAUAGUACAUCUUGAGUGUAGGAGGGUCUACUGUCACCCAAACCAGCUUAGAACAUCAAAAGAAAAGUCUGAUUUAAGCUCUAGUGUAAAGACACGGAAAUCUGGUGAAACAGCAUUUGAUAUUGAAAGUAAAUGUAUCUUUUGUGGUACUGACGCAAAACAAAAUGAAAAUAAUAGAGGUUAUGACGUUUUCCCAGUUAGAACUCUAGAAUUUCAGCAAACAAUAAAAAAUGUGUGUAAACAGAGAAAUGAUGAAUGGGGAAAUGAUGUACUUUGUAGGCUUGAAUUUGUACACGACCUUCCAGCUGCUGAAGCUCGAUAUCAUCAAGUUUGUAGGGUUAAUUUUAGGACAGGUUAUCAAAUUCCUACGCCAUAUAAAUCUCCUGUUAAUUCUCAAACAAGAAAAAAAGGUAGACCAACUAAAAAAGAAAUAGAAGACGCAUUCUUUGAUACCAUGAAGUAUUUUGAAAAUCAUGAACAUGAUCAGGUAACACUGUCAGAUCUUGUGAAAAUUAUGUCAGAGCUGUGUGGGGAUGAUGAAGCAUAUGGUACAGUUUAUAUGAAAAAAAGAAUGAUUGAACAUUUUGGGGAUGCUAUCAUUAUAUCAGAACUGAAUGGGAAACAUGACGUUGUAACAUUUAAAAGUACAGCUCAUUCCAUUUUACAUUCUUUUUAUAAUAGAAAUGGCAAACAAGAUAGUGAAUCAGAACAGAAAGCUAUCAUACUAACAGCAGCAAAACUUAUUUUCAGUGAUAUAAAGUCUGGCGAGUAUUCAAAAGAAAUUUAUCCAACAGCAUCCGAAAUUAUGUCACUUGAAUCUAACGUUAAGUAUGUCCCUGAAAGUCUCCAAAUAUUCCUAAAUAAGAUAAUUGAUAACAAACAAGGAGAAAAGAAGAUUGCAUCUAUAGGUCAAGCAAUUGUGCAAGCUGCCUGCCCAAGGAGUGUUAUCGCACCACUACAGAUAGGUUUAGGUGUGCAAGUCCAUCAUCUAGUUGGUUCUAAAAUGCUACUUGAAUCUUUACAUAGUCUUGGUUUCUGUUCCUCUUAUCAAGAAGUUCUGAAAUAUGAAUCUUGUGCUGCAGUUACACAGGGAACAACUAUUCACACAACUAAUAAUGAAUUUGUGCAAUACAUAGCCGACAAUGUCGAUCAUAACAUUUGUACAUUGGAUGGACUGAACACAUUUCAUGGGAUGGGCAUAAUUGCAGCUGUUACUCCUAGACUUAAAACGAAUCAAAUUAUCCCACGUGUACAUGUAGCAAAUGAAGAAGUAACUGAUAUUGCAAAAAUUGACAUUCAUUUCUACAAACAAAAGAGUAACAAAAUGGAAGAGAUGAUAUUUAAACAUUUAAUUGAUUUAGCAGACAUUGAAGAACCACUGAGAGAACUUGACUUCCUGAUUAAAAUUGCACGACCGUUGGGAGUACAGUCAUCAGGUUGGUCCGGAUUUAUGCAGAUGGUACAUCAUGGAAAGUAUCCCGGAGAGUCAUCCUUGGUGUUCAUGCCUAUGAUUGAUAUGAGUGCAAGUGACCUGUCUUGUAUCUUUUCAACGCUGCACUCUGUAGUAUCACAAUCUAACCAAUCGAAUACAACCCCGGUUCUUACCUUCGAUCAGCCUCUGUACUGGAAGGCACUCAAUAUUAUAGAAAAUGAACCAAGUGAAAGCAAGAUUAAAUCAGUCGUGGUACGGUUGGGUGGAUUUCAUACCGAGAUGAGCUUUUUAGGGUGCAUUGGCAGAAUAAUGGAAAAUACUGGCCUGAAAGAACUUCUUGCGACUGCUUAUGCUGAAAAUACAGUUGGACAUAUGCUUGAUGGUAAAGCUAUAAACAGGCAAUCAGAGGACAUUUUCUUGUAG